AUGGGGAGAACAAAAAAAAAACGCACUCCAGAGGAAGAAGAAGUGUAUCAAGCUCAAAGACGUUUGAGAAAUGCUGAAUGUCAGAGAAUUAGGCGUCAAGUUGCGCGUAAUCUUAUAAAUGAUGAACGUAGAAAUUCUACAAUUGCACAAGAUUAUUUAGGAAAAAUGAAUGUUUUAUGUAAGCAUUGUAAAGCAAAACAUUUUGAAUCGGAAAAAGUUGAUAAAAAAGGCUUAUCUUUCAAUGAUUGUUGUUCCCAUGGAGCAGUAGUUCUAGAUGCUGCCCCUGACUUUCCUCAAGAAUUAUCAUCUUUGUUUGAUGGAACUCAUGCAAAUUCAAAUGAUUUUUUUGAUAACAUUCGUUAUUAUAAUAAUUCGCUUUCGUUUGCUUCUUUUAAUGCCAAUUUAGUUGACUUUCAACAGCGCCGUCCAGGGCCAUAUUGUUUCAAAAUUCAUGGGCAGAUAUAUUAUCAAAUCAAUACAGCACUAUAUCCCUGCCUGAAUGAAAGUCCUGCUUAUGGACAGCUCUUUUUUGUUGAUCAAGAAGAGGCUCUUCAUGUACGAUUAUCACAAAACCCGCAUCUUAGACAAGAAACACUUACGACGUUAGACAGAAUAAUAAGAGAGAACAAUAUAUUUGCACAGUCAUACGCAAUGAUGAAACAAGAAAUAAAUGAGCAGAGAUCUCGAAUGAAUGUCGAAGAGGAACUUGAAUUGCAAUUAUUAUUUACCUUGAAACCAGGAAAUGAUAGACGACGAUUUAAUUUUCAAAGAACAAACGAGGUUGCUGCUAUUUUUUCAACGACAGCUGAUGGUGAAAUUCCAGAGUCGUAUGUCACUAUUAGAAACAAAAAUACAAAGGUAUUGCAAUAUGUUAGUACUAUGGAUCCUAACGUGGAGCCAUGGAUAUAUCCUUUGUUUUAUCCUUAUGGUUCACGAGGAUGGCAUAGAAAUUUAGAACGUAUCAAGGUAAAUGAUAAUGAUUCAAGUAGACGAGUAACGUGA